UCAGUUCUAGUUGAGUAAUUAUACGUACAGAGUCAUGGGCUAGGUUGAACGUAUUUAUACACUGAAGUUCCAGUCUUAUCUGCCGACGGAUUGGUGACAUGCAAACAAGUGAUCGGUGUAGCUUUGUGUCGCGUUCGUAAACGACAGAAAUACGAAACCAGACCAAUAAUUAUAAACACAUAAUACAUAAAUACACACACACACACACACACACACACAUAUGUAUAUAAAUCUACGUGUGUGUACGAUGUUAUACGAUGUACAGUUUAUUGUUGCGAGUAAUAUAUAGUAAAACGUGCGCGCGGACAAUUCGUUGAUUUUUUUUUUCGUUUCGUUUAGUUCAGUUUUUACGGUGCCAUAUUCGUUUAAUUUUAAUUUUCUAUCAUUUAACCCUUCUCCUCGUCGAUCGCACGCGUUUGGUUUUCCACGUGCGCCUACACUAAACGAUGAUAUAUUUUCGAUGUAAGUUUCCGUGCACAACCGCUGUCUAUCUUCGUGUACGCCAACAGACUCCACUGCACUGCCUCGUCAUCGUCGCCCACGGGUCACGUUGACCCUUAGCCACGCUCAUAUACCGGUCGGCCGUUACGUUCUAUUUCGCAUUGGAUCUCCGACCAUGAAGAUCAGCUUAGGGAUACGGACAGGACUGUUGGUGAUAUUGCUGUGUAUUAUUAAGAUAUCAACUGAAGAACCGUUUGAUGGAAAAUUGCUUCUAUCACCCAAACAAAUAACGUGCCCUAGCCAAUGUUACUGUUCACCUAUCGAGAUGCUUUGUUCUGGCGCCAACUUAACUGAUGUUCUCCAAUAUGGUAUAGAUUUUCCGAUGAUACUAUAUUUAGACUUCUCAAACAUGACACUGAACACGAUUCCUAUAGAAAUAACAAAAAUUAUAAAAUGCAAGAAGCUUGACCUAUCCAAUAAUAAUAUUCACGAGCUCCAUACAUUUUCAGAACUAAACGUAUGGCAUCUAGAAGAGCUGAUAUUGAGUAAUAACUCGAUUAAUGAUUUAUCGACGCUAAACCAUGAUUUGUUAUUCAACAGCAAGGAAAUCAAGCUCCUUAACUUAUCGAGUAAUCCUAUCACCCAUCUUGGCUAUGAAGAGCACACGUUAUUAAGCAGCAAUUCUUUGGAAGUAUUGGAUGUCAGUAAUUGUCAGAUUACCUCUUUGAUUGGACCUUUAGUUCUCAGUGGACUUAAAAAGCUUGAAUACUUGAACUUAUCGAACAACCCACUAAAAUUUUUCGAUGGGGUAUUCUCGUACUCUUUGAAAAUAUUAAAUAUAAGAAAUUGCUUGAUCAACUAUCUUGGCGAAAGAGCUCUGAGUGAUUUAAAAAAUCUCGAGAUAUUUGAUGCCAGUUUAAACGAACAGUUGUUCUUAAAGAGCGAAAUACAAGCUAGGUCCCUUAAAACGAUUGACGUUUCAAGGUGCUCUUUACGAACACCAAAUUUACUCGGUAUGAGUGAACUUAGAUCUGCAUUUCUAAAUGAAAAUCGAAUCAGAAAACUUGUGGCCUAUCAGUUCAUCAAUAAUACAAAGCUAGUUCAUUUGGAUCUAUCUAAAAAUAGCGUGGAAAUCUUGGACCCGUUGGCGUUCUACGGCAUGACGUCGCUCGCCCAUCUCGACCUGUCCACCAACAUGAUCGCGGACGUGGCCUGGGAAACGAUCACGCGCACAUUGCCGUCCCUCGACACGCUGAAAAUGUCGCACAACUUCAUCAACAGCGUGGGCCCGAUGACGUCGCGCACACUGCGCCGGCUGGACCUGCACCACUGCUGGAUCACGUACGUGUCGAACGACGCGUUUGCCCGGCUGGACCGACUGACCGAACUCGUGCUGGCCGACAACCCGCUGCAGUCUCUACAGCCCGGUGGCCUCAGUUCCACCAACCUGUCCGCGCUGGACCUGAGCUACUGUCGGCUGUCGCACCUAACCGCGCGUGAGUUCCUCAACCUGCCCAACCUCACCGAGCUCAGCCUUACCGGUAACCGAUUGGUCACGCUCAGGAACGGCACGUUCGCCAAGUGCCCCAAGCUGCGGCUCGUGUACAUGGACGACAACCCGUGGCGGUGCGACUGUUACAGCGUCAACUUCGCGUACAUGGCGCACCUGGUCAAUAAGACCAACAAAAACGCGAUGACGAUCGAAAGGAUGCCGCAGUGCUUGACGCCGGACAACGUGACGGGGAUGCCGUGGCAGGUGGCGUGCCGAAACACGUUGACGUACGGCCGGGACAACCGGAAGAAUUUCUCGAUGGCCAUCGGCGUGAUACUGAUCCUGUGCGUGUCCGGGCUGACGGCCAUCUUCAUGGCGGUGCACGAGAACAUCAAGACGCGGCGGGCGAUGCGCCGGCGCCGGCACCUGGACGAGUACGGGAACCCGACGCGCGGCGGCGGCCUGGGCACGGGGGCGGACGAGUACUUCGACGAGUACGCGGCGGCCGCGGAGUCGGCGCGCAAGCUGUCGCAAUUGCCGUCCUACGACGAAGCCAUCAUGCUGCCCAAGCCGCCGCAGCAGCUGAGCGGCCAGGGCCGGUUUAAGCGGCACAGCUGCACGCAGACGGAGGACGCGGCUGCGAUGGUGGCCGCUGCCGCGGCUGAGGCGGUGGUGGCCGCGGCCGAGGCGCACAACCGCCUGCGGCAGGCGAUGAGCGGCGGCCGGGACCGCGGUCACGCGACAGCCGCGGUAGGCCGCGGCGGCGGCGGAUCGGACGACUGGUUCUUGUCGCCUCCGCCGCCCCCGCCACCGUUGCCGCCGCCCGGGCUGCGCGUCACUCACCUGUGACGGAUAAACUCGCGCGUUCCGUCCGCCGUGUUGUAAUUAAUAUAUUAUUAUUAUUAUUAUUAUUAUUAUUAAUAUUACUAUAAAUAUUAUUAUUAUUAUUAUUAUUAUUAUUAAUAUUACUAUAAAUAUUAUUAUUAUUAUUAUUAUUAUUAUUAUUGACUACGUGUACGCACGUAUUAUGCAUAAAUUGUGCUUGUGCGUCCGUCAAAAUAGCAGUCAACGUUCAAUAGUUUUAGUGCAUUUUUACGAUUUAUACAUACGUCAUUACCGACGCGUUUUGUUCUAAUCUCAUAAUAUUACUGUAAUUGAUAUCAUAUUAUUAAAUAUAUCGUGUAGAAAUGUACGUGUGCA